AUGUCAUCAUCUGCAGGAGGAGCAAAGCCAAGAGUUCUUGCACUCAGCUCUCCCGGGUACACGGACGAGGAAUAUCUCGCAGACUUCAAAUCAAAAUAUGAGUUCUGCGUCCUCACCUCCACUGAUCGAGCUGGUGCUAUCCCAGAAAUCGCGGAUCUCGUCAAGCGCCACGGCCCCUUUGACGCCGUGAUGGUGCACAUGGGAACAUUGCCCUUUGAGCCAUUCGAUGAGGCCCUCUUUGGCGCCCUUGUCCCGCACUGUAAGGUCAUAGCCUCUUGCUCUGCAGGCUACAACGAGUUCGACGUCAAUUGGAUGACGCGCAACAAGAUCUGGUUCUGCAAUUCACGAAAUGCCGUGUCGGAGGCUACUGCAGAUAUGAGCAUGUUUUUGAUAUUGGCUGUCCUGAAAAACACGACAGUGGCAGAAAAGUCAGCUAGAGGGGGGAAUUGGAGAAACGGGCUUGUGCCAACGAGGGAUCCGAGUGGGAUGACUUUGGGGAUUGUGGGCAUGGGGAAUAUCGGGAAGCACCUCGCCCGCAAAGCCCUCAUCUUCAACAUGAAAAUCAAAUACUACAACCGCACCCGGCUCCCAGCCGACGUCGAAGCUCAAUACUCAGCCACCUACUGCUCCACGCUCGAUGAGCUCCUGUCUACCUCCGAUAUCGUGUCUAUAAACAGCCCCCUAAACGCCUCCACCAAAGGCCUGAUUGGUUGCAAGGAGUUUGCCAAGAUGAAAGACGGCGCCUAUUUCGUGAACACUGCCCGUGGAAAGAUAGUCGACGAAGAUGCGCUUAUCGAGGCGCUGGAAUUGGGUAAGGUGAAGAUGGCGGGUCUAGAUGUGUUUCCCAAUGAGCCGGAGAUAAAUCCCUAUUACAUCACCAGCGAUAAAGUGAUAUUACAACCUCAUAUGGGAGGUCUGACAGAUGGCGCAUUCAGCCUGUCUGAGAGGGAAUGCUUUGAAAAUAUCAAGGCAUGUUUAUCUACAGGGACACCUAUAGCACCUGUUAAUUUUGUGGAGAGGACAAAUCUGUGA